CCUAUAACCUAUAAGUCAAUUGUUUACGCGUUCGCUGUCACACAACGUUUACAACGUCUAUAUUUUUUAAUAUACGUAUAUUGGUUAUCUUUAGACAUGUAAUAAUUUAAAAAUCAAUAAUAAAGUGUACUAUUAAAACAAUAUAAAAUAUGUAUUUAUAGUUAACAAUAGAUAAUUAAUUAUAUUUUUUUUGUUUUUGCGUCAAAAAUAUUAGUUUUUUCUACCUGUCUAUAAUUUCAGUGCAUUAGUUUACAAUGAGUUACAAUCGAAAAGUUUCAUAUUUUUAUAAUCCAAAUGUUGGAAAUUUUCAUUAUGGUCCAGGACAUCCAAUGAAACCACAUCGGCUAUCAGUAAUUCACAGUCUCGUUCUCAAUUAUGGACUUCAUAAAAAAAUGCAAAUUUAUCGACCGUAUCGUGCAAGUACACAUGAUAUGUGUCGUUUUCAUUCUGAUGAAUAUGUUGAUUUUUUACAACGAGUGACACCUCAAAAUUUACAAGGUUAUACCAAAUAUUUAAGUCAUUUUAAUGUUGGUGAUGAUUGUCCUGUUUUUGAAGGUCUUUUUGAUUUUUGUUCAAUGUAUACUGGAGCUUCGUUAGAAGGAGCUACAAAAUUAAACAAUAACUGCUGUGAUAUUGCUAUAAAUUGGAGUGGUGGUUUGCAUCAUGCUAAAAAAUUUGAAGCUUCUGGCUUUUGUUACAUUAAUGAUAUUGUUAUAGCUAUAUUAGAAUUACUUAAAUAUCAUGCGAGAGUUCUAUAUAUAGAUAUUGAUGUUCAUCACGGAGAUGGAGUUCAAGAAGCAUUUUAUCUGACUGAUAGAGUAAUGACUGUAUCUUUCCAUAAAUAUGGCAAUUACUUUUUUCCUGGUACAGGUGAUAUGUAUGAAAUUGGAGCAGAAAGCGGAAGAUAUUAUUCUGUAAACGUUCCAUUAAAAGAAGGAAUUGAUGAUACAUCUUAUGUGCAAGUUUUCAAACCUGUUAUAUCCCAUGUCAUGGAAUUUUUUAGACCGACUGCUAUUGUACUUCAAUGUGGAGCAGACUCAUUAGCAAAUGAUAGAUUAGGAUGCUUUAGCUUAAGUACCAAAGGACAUGGCGAGUGUGUGAAAUUCGUAAGAGAUUUGAAUGUUCCUUUACUUACAGUUGGAGGAGGAGGUUAUACAUUAAGAAAUGUUGCUCGAUGUUGGACUUAUGAAACAUCGUUAUUAUUGGAUGAACAAAUAAGCAAUGAACUUCCAUAUACUGAAUAUUUAGAGUAUUUUGCUCCCGAUUUUACUUUGCAUCCCGAAGUGGUGACUAGACAAGAUAAUGCUAAUAGCAAACAAUAUUUAGAAGCAAUAACACGUCAUGUGUACGAAAACUUAAAAAUGGUUCAACAUUCUCCUAGUGUUCAAAUGCAGGAUGUACCAUAUGAUGUUUUACCUCCUGAAGAAGAUCGGCAACCAGAACCAGACCCUGAUUCACGGCUCAAUAUUCAAGAUACAGAUAAAAUUAUUGAACCUCUUAAUGAAUAUUAUUUAGGGGAUAAGGAUCAAGAUAAAAUGGAAAUUGCAGAAUCAUAGUGAAUAUAUUUUUACUUAAAUAUUAAGUUAUGAAAUUUUUGUACGUUAUCAUAUUAUAAUUAAAUGGCAAUGUGGGACUCUACUGUUUUUUGGCCAUAAAAAAUUUAAAAAUAGAGUUAUUGAAAACAUUUUUUUCAUUUUGUUACAUGUGGAUUCUCGAAUCAUUCUUGAAAAAAUGAUGAAAUUCUAUUUUUCUUUUUUAUUUUUGUAGUUUAAAAGCUAAAAAAAUAGCUACGUGUCUUGUUUUUUAUUAAAAAAAAAAAAUUUUUAGUGCUCUACAAACCGACGGCUCUAAAAUUUCAGUGUAUAACAAUUUAAGUAGCUUUUUUUUUACUUUCAAUUUGAAAAAUUUAAUCGUAAAACAUAUUGUGUAAAUUUCUAAAUGCGCUACAAGUAGCUCCAGUACAGCAAAAUUUAAUGGGCUAUAGCUGGUAGUAAUGCAUUUAGGAAUGAACGCAUUUUCUAAAUUUUACUUAUGACUACCGCAACAAAAAAUAAAAUGAAAAAAAAAAACAUAAGUUCAUUUUACAAAUUUUUUCUUAUGGCUAAAAAACGAUGGAGUCCUACAUCCAAACAAUUAUCAAUUAAAUGAAACGGUAUAUCAAUUAUGUGUCGAUUAAAGAAAAAUAUGUUUUACUAAAAUUUUAUCAUCUAUUGAAUUACUCAAUCAAGACAUAAUCAAUUCAUUACAAAAUUAAUAAAAAACAAAAUAAAUCUUCAAAAUUUGAUGCUUAUAUUUACAAAAUGAUAUUCAUACGUACACUGAUAAAAAAAAUAUCUUUAUUCAAGAAAAAUAUUCUUGCUCCAAGAAAAUUAUUUUGAAGAGAACUAGUUAUCUUAUUUCAAGAAAUUCUUGUCUUGAUUUCAUGUUUCUUGGAGUGAGAGAUCUAAUCACUCCGAUCGAUAACAUUUUUACUUGGUUCAAGACUAUAUUAUCUUCGAUCGAUACAAGUGAAUUCUUUAUUUAAAAACGAUUCUCUUCAAUAAAGAAUAAUUUUAUUUCA